GACAUGUUCCGUGUGUUUGUGAAUGCGACUCUUUAUUGUUAUGCUCGUUGUAUAUGAAACGAAAUAGCUCCUGGAUUUAGAAAAUGUACUUUUAGUUAUUCGUAUUUGCGUCGUUUGUUUUUAAUCAUUGCGUUUUCAUUUAAAAGACUACGGUUUUAUUUGUUUGGGGUUAUUUAGGUUACUCGGCUCACCUGCCGUCGACAACGAACAGCAAGACAGGUUUGAGGACUGGUUUUACUCAACCUGAAUUGUUCUAAAAAGAAGUGACACCGGAUGUCUAAAGGUACUGACGAAUAGGCGGAAGAAAGAGAAACAUUACAAACAAAUCGGCAAAUGUCAUGGACCCGAUGGAUGCAGGAAUGCGUUACACCCCAAAGUCUUCGGACAAGGACUGGGACCAAGCAGUAACAUUUCUUCCAGCAACAGAUUCCAAAAAGCUGGAGAAGAAGAAACAUCCAGGGAAGACUGGUGCCAUUAUUGGCAUAGUCAUCUUUGCUGCUGUUGUGGCUUUGAUGACAGGACUUCUUGUGUGGCAUUUCCACUUUCGGAAGGAUACCAGGGUGAAAAAGAUGUACGCUGGCUCUAUGAACAUCACAAAUCAAGUCUUUUUGGAGGCUUAUGAGAACCCCAAUAGUACAGAGUUUCAGGACCUGGCCAACCAAGUAACUUCCCAAUUAAGAGAACUCUACUCCAGGAUUCCCCAGCUGUCAAAAUAUUAUGUUGGUUCUACAGUACAAGCUUUCAGUGAAGGCAGUGUAAUAGCAUAUUAUCUGUCAGAGUUCCAUGUUCCAGUGUCACAGGAGGCUACUGUGGAUAACACAAUGACUACUAUGGAUGACACGAUAAAGAAGCAGCGAAGUCUAAAAUCAGACAAUCUGUUAUUCACUAGAAUAGAUACUUCUGCUUUAGAUUCUCAGAUAUUUACAAAGCAGAUGUAUACGUAUGCUGUGCACACAAGGCCUAAUGAAGUCAUUGAUAUCAUGUCACCUGGGUUUCCUAACUACCCAUAUCCACAAAAUACGUUUGCACAGUGGCAAUUACGAGCUGACCCUGGCAACAUCAUCAAGCUAGACUUCACUACUUUCAAUGUGGAGGAAGACUGCAGCAGUGACUUUAUCAAAGUGUAUGACUCACUCUUGGCAAUGGAGAGGCGACUUAUGGCUCAGAAAUGUGGACACUAUUCACCCAAUAACCCCCUCGGAUUUAUCUCCUCUGGAAAUGUCAUGCUGUUGACUCUUGUAACCAACGAACUAGGGGACUUUCCUGGUUUCAGAGCACAAUUGUCUCAGGUGCCUGUGGAAAGAAAUGGAGCAAUGACAUGUGGUGGAAAUCUCACAGGAAUGUCUGGAACUUUUACAUCACCAAACUAUCCAAAAUACUAUCCACCACUCAUGAGGUGUGAAUGGAACAUCGAGGUGCCACCUACAAUGCAUGUGAAGCUGACCUUCUCUAAAUUCAUGAUGUCUGUCGGUGGGUCCUGUUUGAAUGAUUUUGUCCAGGUCAAUGAUGAGAAGCUUUGUGGUUCACUACCAUCUUCCACCAUGCGGACCAGCAACUCAAACCAAAUGACUGUGAUUUUCUACUCUGAUGCAUCAAAUGUGGAUCGAGGCUUUAAUGCAAACUACAAAGCUUUUGUACCAACUAACCCAUGUCCUGAUAAGUUCCUGUGCAACAAUAAGCGCUGUGUCAGUAAUGCCCUGGUCUGUGAUGGUUGGAAUGACUGUGGAGACAAUAGUGAUGAGAAGAAAUGCGAAUGCAAGUCUGACAUGAUCAGAUGUAACAACGGUCUUUGUAAGCCAAUGUUCUGGAAAUGUGAUGGUGUUGAUGAUUGUGGAGACAGGACCGAUGAAAUGAAUUGUGGACCUGCCUGUAAAGAAGGAGAGUUUGCAUGUGGAAAUGGUGUGUGUAUCCCAAUCAAACAAAGGUGUGAUGGGAGAAAUGACUGUAGUGAUAAGUCAGAUGAAGCAGACUGCGGAAGAAGCACUGUAUGUCUGGAAACUAAUUACCAAUGCAAGGAUGGCCAGUGCAUCAGUAAACAGAACCCAGAGUGUGAUGGAGAGAAGGAUUGUACUGAUGGGUCAGAUGAGAACUGUGGUGUAUGUGGAGUGCAGCCUUUUAAAACCUCACGUAUUGUGGGCGGUCAGGAUACAACAGAGGGGGAGUGGCCUUGGCAAGUCAGCCUUCAUAUCAAAAACUCUCUGCAUGUGUGUGGAGCAUCAAUCAUCAGUGAGAAAUGGCUAGUCACUGCUGCUCACUGCGUACAAGACGAACCAAAAAUUAGGCUCUCUCAGCCAGAAUCAUGGGAGGUGUAUCUGGGCCUCCACAGGCAAAAUCAGUUGAAUAAAGCAGAAAAGCGUUAUCUAAAAAGGAUCAUUGCUCACCCCAAUUACAAUGAAUUUACCUUUGAUUACGAUAUGGCUCUUAUGGAACUGGACACACCUGUCGCUUUCAAGGAAACCAUCCGGCCCAUUUGUUUGCCAUCCUCCUCUUACGUCUUCCCUGUGGGCAAAUCAGUGUGGAUCACUGGCUGGGGUGCCACCAGAGAAGGAGGUUCUGGUGCAUCACUGCUUCAGAAAGCAGAGGUUCGCAUAAUUAACAGUACAGUAUGUGAUUCAUUGAUGAAUGGGCAGAUCACAUCACGCAUGACAUGUGCUGGAGUCCUAGCAGGAGGGGUGGAUGCCUGUCAGGGAGAUUCCGGGGGUCCUAUGUCUAGCAGUAAUGUAGUUGGACGAGUGUUUCUGGCAGGUGUGGUGAGCUGGGGUGAUGGAUGUGCCCGUAGAAACAAACCUGGCAUUUACACCACUGUCCCAAAAUUCCGUGCCUGGAUAAAAGAGCAAACAGGAGUAUAAUUGCAGAAAGAAAAAGAUGAUGUUGGCUGUUUCAGGAAACCGAGUUACCAGGACUUUAGUGAAGCAAGUUGAUCAGAAAAUGAUAUUUAUUUUGUUUAUGUGCCCGAGAGGACAAAUGGAAAAGAUGUUUAGAAAUGUAUGAUAUUGAGGCUGUCUCUGAAAUUAGGUCAGUGUGAUGAGCCCAUAGCAUUAUGACCCUGUGUCCAUGAAACAGUAUGUUUUAAUCAAUUCUGUCUCCAAAAUGCAUGUAACCAUCUCUUGAUUGAAAUAUUAGUGUAGACAACCGUUUCACAUUUUUUGUGAAUUGAAGUACCAGGCUAUGUCUUAUUGUAAAUAGAUUCAGAUUACUUCUUUAAAUUUGUUUCUUAAUAAUGAAUUGCUUACUAUUUGAUGCCUGUUUUGUAGAUAUUAACUGUUCGGAGUUAGGAUUAUAUAGCAUAUCUUUUCAACACUCUGGGAUCCCUAAAUACACAAAAUGUAAACUAAAUGUGAAUAAUGAAUUUUCUCAUUCCUGUGUCAUUCUGUUUUUAUCAUCAAUGACUUGUAAUCAGAACAUACUGACCUAAUGUUUUUUAAAGGUCUACUAAUGUGCCA